UUUGUUUUAGAGCUUAUUACGAGCUUCGCUGGUUGCCAUGUUGAGGUCGUCACUGACGUCACGGUCGGAAUAUACACCGGAUUUAACGGUUCCGUCAUCGGAUCAACGGCUAACGAUUAUGCGUAUUAGUUGUCGUCUUCCAUUUACAAAAUGAUUCAUCACCAGAAUGCCUGAAAUCAAGAAUUUGCUCACGCCGAAGGUGGCCAUUCCCACUUUUGCUGCAGUUGUUCUUCUCGUAGCAGCAACAUUGGUAGCUAUAUUUUACAUUAGAAAUCCUACCGUCACCGACAAUCUCUUCAAUCAUGAUGAUGAAACGACGCCUAUUCCAGAAGAAGAACAUAGACAAAAGGGAGCGGCCGCUGCUGCUGGAUCGUAUCAUUCACAAACCACUCCAGGAAUAACCACAAUGAAGGUGCUGAUGAUGACGACAGUCGCUUCUACACAGGCCCCCACAAGCGCAGAUGGCUUGACUACAACGAGUACCGCGGCGAACACCGCUCCCACGAACUUGGACAGCUCUGCUUAUACCGUACAUUCAAUGGAACCAAUGGAUAGUAAAAAGUAGAACAAACCUUCUGCAAAAUGUCCUUAUGCUUUCAUUACAUAAAUAAAGAGUAUAGGCUUUACUAUGUUGCCUGUAGCCUUUUUUUUACUAUAUUCAAAAUAUGUCAGAUCGAAUUAUUUGUGCAAUUUAACUUGGAAUUCACGGCAUUGUUCAAAAUGCUUAUUGCUGUAACAUAUCUGGCU